AUGAUGUCAGCCAAAGAUGCAAUGCAGAAAAUCUUUCCAAAGACUAGUAGGGUUACAACCUUUAUUUCAAAUCUUUUCGAGCAAUAUAUGCUUCUUUUUGAUGAACCUCAAACGACAAUUGAUUCUAAAUCAACGGCGAAAGACAAAAAGGUUGAUAAUCUAAAACAAAUCAUCGAUGAUGCUGCUCAAAAGAUGGCUGCUGACCUACCGAAAGUAACUAAGAGGCCACAUGUAAGCGAACCUUCGAGUGACCGUCCUAAUGUCCAGGGGGAGGGUCCAACUCUACAACACGAUCAAGGCUCUUCAUUCCAAGGGGAGAACUCAACGUCACAAUCAUCAAGCUCUACUGAAAGUCCAAACGAACGAGAAGAUACUAAUCCAGAUUCUAAACAGAGUGAUGAAGACGAUGAUGAGCCUGUUUCCAAGCGCCAUCUCAAAGCAGUCAACGACAAACUCAAUCAACUGUUUUCCUCCUCUUCCUCUGGGGCUUAUUCAGAUGCUGCUCUCAAGGCAUUGUUCUCCUCUGUGGUCCAAGAACAUAAUGCCUCCCUUACUGGUGCAGCUAAGGCUAUAGACGCCUCCACUUCCCAACGCCAGAAAACCUCCCUUGCUGUUGAGGCUUCCACCAAGUAA